CUCCUCCCCACGUUCUCUUCCGGGAGGCGACCAUCUUGCGCUCUGUGCGCAUGACGCAGCACGCUUUGCUAUAAAUGCGUGCGGUGGGAGGGGUGGCCUACUUGUGAUCGAAAGCCCGGCUUUCAAAAUGUCGCCGCACAAAGACAAAAAGCCUAAGAGGUCAACCUGGAAGUUUAAUUUGGACCUUACUCAUCCAGUAGAAGAUGGGAUUUUUGAUUCUGGAAAUUUUGAACAGUUUCUACGAGAGAAGGUUAAAGUCAAUGGAAAAACUGGAAAUCUUGGGAAUGUUGUUCAUAUUGAACGCUUCAAGAAUAAAAUCACAGUUGUUUCUGAGAAACAGUUCUCUAAAAGGUAUUUGAAAUACCUUACCAAGAAAUACCUUAAGAAGAAUAAUCUUCGUGAUUGGCUUCGUGUGGUUGCAUCUGACAAGGAGACUUAUGAACUUCGUUAUUUCCAGAUCAGUCAAGAUGAAGAUGGCUCUGAAUCUGAAGACUAGGUGAAGCUGUGCCUUGUAGACCUUUGCUUGCUAAUAAAGUAAAUGAAACAUACAAGGGAGAAACAUCUAGAAGUGGAAUUUUAGUUUAUUGGUGAAUAAAAAACAUUGUACUCUGUUAA